AUGUACAUAUUUUCCAACCUAACAUCUCUGCUCCAGAGCUCGCUGCUGCCGACAGACACUGCACCAGCUCCUGUCAAUACUCCCAGCACAACAGCCGCUUGCAAGCCAUAUCCACCCAGCAUAGGCAUAGUCUGUGUUGACUCCAUUGGAGACGUUCAUAGUGCCACAACCUACGUCAAACGCGACCUGGGAUUUCAAGGUCAACUCGGCCAGUACGUCCUUCUGAGUUACGGGGAUACCCUCUACAGUGAUGCCAACUAUAGCGAUACAUGGCGCGGCAUGACAAGCGACUCAGUCGCGAUAGCCACACAGAAUCCGCUUGUGGUUGUGGACCCUGUCCUCGACUCACAAGGCUACCCGCCACAGUUCUGCCCGCUUAUAUCCUCCUUCGGAGAGGACGCGGCCACAUGCGCUUUAGGCAUCACCAAUGUGGUCGAAACUGCCAUGCCGAACGAAGGAGUCAUGUUCUUCCUCCUGAAUCACCGUCCCAACGGCACGAACAAUCUUGUUGGCGCCGGGGUCGCCUCGAUCACCCUCGACACGUCAGCAUAUCCUCCUGUUCCGCAAAUACGCCGUCUGCCUCCGCAAUACUGGUGGGAUGCCAGGUGCGAACCUUGGUACGGAGACGUCGGCGCGCUGCGGUGGAAUGAAUACGUCUAUGCGUACGGCCACGGGCCACAAGGCAAUCCCUGGGUAUACUUGACUCGAGUCCGUGCGGACAAAGCCACAAACGUCAGCUGCUACGAGUAUUGGAACGGUGAGACAUGGCAGAAUGACAGGCUCGAUGGCAAAACCAUUGGUGAGAAGGAAAGUGUAUUCUGGCAGGUCAACCAGGGACAAGUGGUCUGGUCCAACUAUUUUGGAUGCUACCUCUUCGUGUAUUGUGACAACUGGAUGAACUCGAAAGUGCUUCUGAAAACUGCCCAACGACCCGAAGGACCCUGGUCAGACCCGACAACGCUGUACCAAGCGACACCGAUUACGCCGGGGAGUUCAAUAUACGCUGCGGUGCCGCAUCCUUAUUUCGAUGAGACUGGGAAGACCUUGGUUGUCACAUUCACGAAUCACCCUAAUACCGUGCAAGCUGUGCGGAUCGUCUUCGCCUGA